AUGUCGGAUUUCUCGUUAACAGACGCAUUAGGUGACAGUACACCGAGCCAGGCCAAACCGCAAGGGAACACCAACCCGUCGGCACCAGCAAACAACCCGGGAUGGCCCUCGUCAGCUCCUGGCGCUCCUGCUCAGCCCUCGGCGCCCCCGCCAGGCCAGUUCCCCUUCUCCUCUGGCCCCGGCGCACCGGGCCACUACCCGGGGCCCCCUUCGGCACCGGGUGGAUUCCCGUCCGCUCCUGGGAUGCCUGGACAAUAUCCUCCGGCGCCAGGGGCCCCGGGGCAGUACCCCGCCAGCCCUGGGGCGCCUGGCCAAUUCCCAGGGCACUAUCCGCCCGAAGGAGCACCGGGUCAGCUACCCGGUGGGCCUGUUCCUUACCCAGCUGGACCUUUCCCCUCUGGUCCCGGCGCUCCUCCCGGGCCUUAUCCAAACAUGCCUCUUCCAGGAACCUACCCACCUGGGGGUAACGGCAUGUACGGGCCAGGCGGUCCUGGCGGUUUCCCCCCUCCCGCUGGCCCAGGUGCCUUCCCGGCGUUCCCCCCAGGCGGUGGCUUUCCCCCUAUUCCCGCUGGCUCUUGGGGACCCGGCGGUGGUGGUUUCCCACCAGCACCGGGACCCUUCGGUCCUGGCUCAAUGGGUCCGUACGACAACCCUGCUGCUCCAGGAGGCAUGCUGAUGGUGCCAUACGAUCUUCCGCUCCAUGCUGGGCUGAUGCCGCGUCUCGUCAUCACCAUCGUCGGGGAGCCGGUUCCUGGAGCCAGCAGGUUCCACGUGGACUUCAUGAAAGGUUCAGAUGUGGUCUUUCACUUCAACCCUCGUUUCCACGAGCAGACCAUCGUUAGAAACUCCAGCAUCGGGGGCUGUUGGGGGCCUGAAGAAAGGGGUGGAGUUUUCCCCUUCGUCCAAGGCCAACGUUUCGAGCUUAAGAUCCUGGUGGAGGAGGACGUCUUUAAGGUGGCUGUGGACGGCAACCACCUGCUGGAGUACGACCACCGCGUGGGUGGCCUGGAGGACGUCACCCUGCUACGGGUGACGGGUGAUGUGGCACUGUACAGCGUGGCGCCCAACAUGAUCUGA